AUGUUACCGACCCCACCAGCAUCUCCCACUCUCAAUGGAUUUUGUGCGCCGGAAGACCGUCUAGGCCAACUCCUUGCCGGAAGACUGCAAUUGACCGGAAUCCUCGGUGUAGGUGCCUAUGGAGUAGUGUACACUGCCGUGGACAUCCAGACCAACAUUCCCUACGCUGUCAAGGCGCUCAACAAACUAGGUUUGGAGCCCCGUCAGCAGAAAUUCCAGCAAAGAGAGAUCCAGCUCCACCAUCAGGCCAGUGCCCAUCCCAACGUAGUUUCUUUGGUAAAGAUUUUGGAUUCUCCCGACUGCACCUUUGUGGUCAUCGAGUACUGCCCGGAGGGUGAUCUCUUCUCGAACAUCACCGAGCAAGGAAAGUAUGUCGGCAAUGAUGCUCUUGCCAAGAGGGCUUUCCUCCAAAUCCUGGAUGCUGUAGACUACUGCCACUCCAUUGGAAUCUACCACCGGGACCUCAAGCCGGAGAACGUCCUAGUCACAGAUAAUGGAAUGACCUGCAAGCUUGCCGACUUUGGACUGGCCACCAACGACCACAUCACCUCCGACUUUGGAUGCGGCUCUACCUUUUACAUGUCUCCAGAAUGCCAGACUGCUGCUCCCAAGGCCUACUCAUGCUACGCAUCAGCGCCCAAUGACGUCUGGAGCCUUGGAGUCAUGCUCGUCAACCUGACCUGUGGACGCAACCCAUGGAAGCGAGCCUCCUUCGAGGACAGCACUUUCCGCGCCUACAUGAAGGAUCCCAAGUUCCUCAGGUCCAUUCUGCCCAUCUCUGGAGAGCUCGACUCGAUCCUGAAGCGUAUCUUUGAAUUCAACCCAGCGAAGAGAAUCACGAUUCCCGAGCUGAGGGACCUGAUCAUGAGAUGCCCUCGCUUCACGGCUUCCAAGUCUGCUCCUCCUUCACACAUGGCUGUUCCUGCGUACCCAUCACCGGAUUACGUCCACCAGGCUGCCUUGAACGGAUGCUACCAGGCUGCCGCUCCCUCUGUUGCGCCCGUCUACCCUACUAUCAUGGAUCUUCCCUAUCCUCAACACUCUACCUCGUCGGGCAGCUCGAACUCUGACAAUGAGUCUGUAUUCUCCACAUGCUCGUCGGCUUCGUCUGCUUCGUCGACUUCUUCUUUCACUCACGUCGCUGCUGCCCAGAAGGUUCCUGCCCGACCAGCACAGCAAACAUACGUUUCCCCUCCCCCGCAAACCAAUACGUGGUUCCAACCAUUUUUCCACCAGGCCGCCAACCUAGUGAAGCACGUGUCGUUCCAGCAGCCCAUGAUGGUUGCUCCCGUCCGUGUUUACUAG